CACACAAGUCAACUAUAAGCGGUAAUUAAGCAAGCUAGUACUUAACAUCGGAGCUGUGUAGAUGAUGAUGUCUUCUUCGCAAACACCAGUACGGAUCGCCUUCGUUUUCCUCGUCAUCCUCGCCGCGACUGAUGCGCACAGCGACCACCGAACUCCGCCGCCGGCGUGCGGAGGCGCGGCCGUGGGAGGGGAAUGCCACAGCGUGGCCAGGGCGCUCCGCCUGAAGCUGAUCGCCAUCCCGGCGAUCCUCGCCGCCAGCGUGGCCGGCGUGUGCCUGCCGCUCUUCGCCCGGUCCGUGCCGGCGCUCCGCCCCGACGGCGGCCUCUUCGCCGUCGUGAAGGCGUUCGCGUCGGGCGUCAUCCUCGGCACCGGCUACAUGCACGUGCUCCCGGACUCGUUCAACGACCUCACCUCGCCGUGCCUGCCCAGGAAGCCAUGGUCGGAGUUCCCGUUCGCGGCGUUCGUCGCCAUGCUCGCCGCCGUGUUCACGCUCAUGGUGGACUCGCUCAUGCUCACGUUCCACACGCGGGGCAGCAAGGGACGGGCCAGCAGCGCCGUCGCGCACCACGGCGACCACGGGCACUGUCACGCUCACGCGCUGGGGCAAGCAGACGUCGCUGCGCUGUCGACGACGGAGGCGGCGGAUCAGGGCAGCGGCGACGUCGAGGCCGGUAACACCACCAAGGCGCAGCUUCUCAGGAAUCGCGUCAUUGUGCAGGUUCUCGAGAUGGGCAUCGUGGUGCACUCAGUGGUGAUCGGGCUGGGCAUGGGGGCGUCGCAGAACGUGUGCACGAUCCGGCCGCUGGUGGCGGCGCUGUGCUUCCACCAGAUGUUCGAGGGGAUGGGGCUCGGCGGCUGCAUCCUGCAGGCGGGGUACGGCGGGAGGACGAGGUCGGCGCUGGUCUUCUUCUUCUCCACCACGACGCCGUUCGGGAUCGCGCUGGGGCUCGCGCUGACCAGGGUGUACAGCGACAGCAGCCCGACGGCGCUGGUCGUCGUCGGCCUGCUCAACGCGGCGUCGGCGGGGCUGCUGCACUACAUGGCGCUGGUGGAGCUCCUCGCCGCCGAUUUCAUGGGGCCCAAGCUGCAGGGCAACGUCCGUCUCCAGCUCGCCGCGUCCCUCGCCAUCCUCCUCGGCGCCGGCGGCAUGUCCGUCAUGGCCAAGUGGGCGUGAGCGUGACCGUGACCGGCGUCAGGGUCGAAGAUAUGCAUGAAGUAUAGGUGAAGGUGACACCGUAUGUGUUGAGUUGUGAUCCAAAUUCAUUUGCACUUAAUAAAGACCAGCUUCUGCCGUACGGAUCA